AAUGUAUGGCGAGGGGGGCUGAGAAAGCCAAAGACAAAUGCUCAAAGGGGUAGGGAGUGUAGGACCACUUUGAGACCCACAAGAGUUGUUGUUUCCCCCCUCGUACUGUUUGUUUCCAGUCCCUCUAACAAGCAGCGCUUAAUGAUCCAACGCACUCGGGGCUUGUCCGGCUUCUCUCUCCGGUUCCUGGAGAUCCGCACAACGGAGACCCGCUGCAGUGGAGGCAGUUGUUCCUCUUCAAUGUAAUGAGAACUGUCCCACUCUUUUGGGGGAACUUCUCUCUUUCUCUCUCUCGGUGCGUCUGAGUUUCUGAUUAAGUAUUUAAUUUUCAAAGUUUUUUACGCCCAAUCAUGUACGGAUAGCGGACGGUUCGCGCAGGAAUCCGGCUCAAGUGGAUCAGCGCUGACGGGUUUCUGGAGACGGGAUUACACGGCACUGUGGCAACUCGUUGAACGCCCACACACGGGCCCGAUAACGCACCAUCUGGCCCGGAGUAAAUAACACUUCUCCAGAUUGGACAAUAUCAAUGGAUGGACUUAUGACACUGCUUUGAGUCUGGCCGAGUCAAGCAGCCAUAAUGGCAAACUCCAAUCUUUCAAUGCAUGGUCUCUGCAGAGCUGUUUGGCCUCUUGGCUGCGUGCUUCUGAUGUUUGGCUACUUCUCUGUGGCUUCCCCGCACCACGGUCGGCAGCUGAUCUGCUGGCAAGCCAUCCUAAAUUGUAAAAACGAGCCCGGUUGCAACUACGCAUAUGACCACUACGUCCAGGCCUGCGAACCUGUGCUGAGCGGGGCUAAGAAGAGGUGUCCCAGCCACUGCAUCUCCUCGUUAGUUCAGCUCAACUUGACCAAAAGCGGCCCGGCUCUGGAGGACUGCAGCUGCGGCGAAGACUUGAGAUGCGCACGCACCAAGCGGGCCAUCGAGCCGUGCCUGCCGAGGACUACCAGCACGGGCUGUACAGAAGCCCGGCUGCAGUGCGGGAGAGACGCGCAGUGCAGCUCCGCCAUGCAGGACUACUUGCACCACUGCGGGAAACUUUUUAACGGCGCGAUCUGCACGAACGCCUGCCGGAAUGUGAUCGCGAACAUGCGUAAAAUCCCCAAGGGUCAGAAGCUAGAGACGUGCAUGUGCGACGGGUCGGAGAGGACCAUCUGUGAGUUCGUUAAGAGCAGCAUGAAGAUGCUGUGCGUCGACAAUCCAGACCCAGACAGGGAAUACGGCAGCGGACAAUGGGUCGACCUGGAGGACGAUGAUGACAACCCGGACGGCACAGUGGAACCGUGGAGCAGAGCCUCUCUCCCGGCUGCGGGCCGCUGGGGUCUGACCCUGUUGGCUUCUAUUUUGGGUCUAUCGCCCCUCCUUUAAUCUAAGGGUUUUCAAUUGUUCCGAUAAACAGGCAAUCAAAACUUUUGUCAUCCAUUGACCUGCUAUAGUAAAAGCCUGACAAACUGAACAGAGUUUUCUUCGUCAUCAUAACGGCAAAAUCCUCUGCAAAAAAGGAUUAGAAAGGUCUGACACCACUGCAGAUGCUUUGCUUAUGAGAUAAGCUAAACAGAAUUGCCUACUUUUCCCGGUCACAGACUCUCAUUGACAUCCCGUCUUAAUCAGCUGUGCACUGCCAAUCUUUCUCCUUAGCUGUAAAGUAUGAACUAUUUUUGUAUAUGACAAGGCAGUUGCCAUUUGGCACCACUGAUACCUGAUUUACAAAUAUUUAAUGUAACUUGUAAAUAAGAUCAGGAGUAAAAGUGAAACAGUAAUUUAUUACAUGCCUCCAAAUAGCCAGCAUGUCUAUAGAGACUGAGAAUUUCAGCUUUAAAGGGAAUUUAUUUUGACUGAAAAUGGUGUAAAUGCACUGUAAAUAUGUGUAUAGCUAAUAUAGAUUUUCUUUGCUAUUUGUUCAGAAAAUCCUCUAUGUUUUAGGCUAUGAGAUGAUUUAUUCAUAAUGCAAAGUCUAGAUUAAAAGCAAAUGUCUAAA